GCACAGUAGUCCUUUGGGGAGCCUCCAGUUGCAGAUUGUUGUGACUGUACUAUAGAGGUGCUUCAAUAAUCUCAAUAAAAUAUCAGAGAAACAGAGAAGAUGGGAACAAAUUUGAUUUUAGUGUUUCUGCUUUCCCUUUGCAGCAUCUCCUUUAGUCAAGAAUGUAGCCGGGGGCUUCUGGAAGACGUUGAUUUCCCUGGAACAGACAUAACAUUUCUGUACUCUCCUGAUGUGAAUCAUUGUCAGCUGCUGUGCACCGAGCACGCCUCUUGUCAAUUCUUUACCUUUGUUCGGCCUGACUGGACCAGAGAUGACAGGCACUUCUACUGCUAUCUCAAGUCCACUCCCUCUGGACAACCCAAGACUGAGACUUCACUCCUGGGUGUCACUUCUGGCUUUUCACUCAAAAACUGCUUUCCAUACCCAGAACAUUGUAUUUCUCAGGUGUAUAAGAACGUGGACUUCCUAGGAGCGGAUUACCGAUCCUUGUUCACAUCUGACUAUGAGGAGUGUCAGAGGGUCUGCACAAAAGAUCCUGGCUGCAAGUUCUUUACUUUUGUAAAUGCAAACUUCCAAAACGAGAGGAUCAGGCACAAGUGCCACCUUAAAUACACCUGGACAAUACCAAGGACACCUAUUGUAGAAAGAACGGCUGGUGUAGUAUCUGGGUUCACCAACAGGGCAGAAACACCUAAUCCUUCUGACACAGCAUGUCAGGGCGAGCUUUUCUCAAGCACUGACAUCAGAGGAAGUGAUUUCGAGAUGCUGCCUGCAGCCUCACCUGAACACUGUCAGACAUUGUGCUCUGCUCAUCCGCGCUGCACCUACUUCUCUUACGACAGUAAUGACCUCAAGUGUUAUCUGAAGAGCAAUGCAAAUGAAAUGGUGACCAGUUUUAAAGAGCGAGUGACAUCUGGGUUGCCAGCACACCUCUGUCAGCUAAAUAACAGCUGGGUUAAGGAUGUUCAUGAAGGAAUAGAUUUCCGAGGUUCUGACAUGAGGUUUGAGCUGGCGGAUGAUCCAGAGGAGUGCCAGAAGAAAUGCACUCAGGAACCCAACUGCCAGUUCUACACUUACGUUAACAGGAACUUCCGGGACAAGACUUUUUGGCGCCGCUGCUAUCUCAAGCGUGUCAUCACCAUACCUGCUCCUCCCAAAGUUAACAAACUGGCUGAUGUUGUAUCCGGCUUCUCACAGAAGAACUGUUUUAGUUCAGCUCAUUCAGGGUAGUUUCAGGAGCAGGACCACACCACAACUGCUCCGCCUCUGGCCAUUCAGACCACCUAGUCCUCUUCUCCCCUGCUGCUUUUGUAUUCUGCGCCCCUAUACCCCACCCCAUUUCUCUCUUCCUGUUUCUUCCUCUCCUUCCUAGGGUCUUGAGGGGGUCCAUGUUCCCACCCAUGGCCUGGGUGCUAUAGCGGACUUCCUAUAAGCCUCCCCACAUAAAUAAUAAAUAGUUUAAGUGCA